UAUGACAUCAGCCACAUCCCUCACUUUGUUCUCUGUGCCCGAAAUCUUUGUGUACUUUUUAGCCCAGUCAAUGAAGAGGUGUUCUGUUAAACUGGAUUGCCCAGGCAAGAUGGAAUUUGAACUCUCAUGAUCUCAGCUGUGAAGUGAAAUAACAGUAGUCAGACUGUCCAGUGUUGCAAUGGAUGUAAAAGGAGCAAAAGCAAAUGCCAGCAUAUCCCAGGGAUCAGAAAGCCAGUCUCAUCCAACAUACCUACCAAAUCCAUUGAUGGGAGAUUUUGUUUCUGACUGGUCUCCUUUACAUGAUGCUUCCAUUCAUGGGCGGUUGCUUGCUCUGAAGAAACUCAUCAAUCAGGGGAGCAGUGUGAAUCUUGUGACAGCAGAUUGUGUGUCUCCUCUCCAUGAAGCUUGCUUAGGGGGACAUUCUGCUUGUGCCAGUGUCUUGUUAAAACAUGGAGCUAAUGUAAAUGUGGCUACUAUUGACUGGAACACACCUUUAUUCAAUGCUUGUGUCAGUGGCAGCAUAGACUGCUUGAACCUAUUACUGCAGCAUGGAGCCAGCCCACAUGCAGUAUGUGAUUUGGCAUCACCUAUCCAUGAAGCUGCUAAGCGAGGUCAUACCAAAUGUGUGGAAUCCCUUGUAUCCAAUGGAGUCCAUAUUGAUCACAACAUAAAGCAUCUCGGUACUCCGCUGUAUGUUGCUUGUGAGAACCAGCAAGUGGACUGUGCCAAAAAAUUACUUGAGUCAGGAGCGAGUGCAAACAGUGGGAAAGGGCUGGAUUCUCCUCUCCACAUAGCUGCUCAGACUUCCAACACUGACUUGGUUCAUUUGCUCAUUGACUUUGGAGCAAACACCAGGGCUGUGAAUGCUGAGGGCAAAAAGCCAACAGAGCUGGUUCCAGCAAACAGCACACUGGUGCAGACGUUGCUGCAGAGAGAAGGGCCCUUCUCCUUGAUGCAGUUAUGCCGCUUGUGCGUACGGAGGUGCUUGGGAUCUGAACAGCAGCAAAGAAUAAGUGAACUUUUGCUACCAGAUGAGGUGAAACUGUUUCUCCUGUAUCUUUAAAUGUUUUGUAUUCCCUGAUGGGUUAUUAAAGUGUUGUUUCUUAUGCAA